UCUUGUUUGGAGUUUUAGUUUUUGCUUUUCUUAUCUUUCUCGGGCGGAUAGCCGAAUAUUUAGCAUCCGAAUAUAUUUACUGUACUAACAAUUAUAAUGCAAACGAGUCGUGCGCAGAAUGUAUCAAAAAAGCCUCAAAUUCCCAUACCGGGUAAAAUACCACAACACAUUCAUCAAAUCUUUUUCUAUGAAACAAGUAGUCAACUACCAGAUAAACUUGUUAAAGCCAAAAAUAGUUGGAUACAGUACCAUCCGAACUACACGUACACUUUAUGGAACAAAACUUCUAUAAAUAGCCUUUUACAGAGAGAGUAUCCGUUCCUAAAGACACUUUACGACAGUUAUGGACACUGGGUCAGACGAGCUGACGUUGCACGUUAUCUCGUGCUCUACCAUUAUGGAGGCUGGUAUGUGGACAUGGACGUUGCUUGCUGUCGAAGUGUGAGAUCUUUAGAACAAGUGGCACAAGUACUCAAUAAAACUGCUAUACUCAGGGUAACCGAGCCAGUUGGAUUUUCUAACGAUUUUAUUGGGAUCACUAAACGUCAUCCAUUUUUAUUUUCCGUCCUCAAGUCACUUCACAAGUCCAACAGAUGGUUUAUUUUUCCAUACGCCAAUACUAUGUUUUCUACAGGACCAACGUUCCUAUGGGGCCGGUACCUAAACUACCGGGAUCAGAACCAAUUCUACAUCAUUAAUAACUCGUCUUACAGCAACUACCUCGUUUUAAUGCACAAUUCAUCAUGGCAUAGUUGGGACGGCAUUAUUGUAUGGUACCUGUUUCGGGACACGCGCAGGCUUCUUCUUGUGAUGACGUCAUUAGCGGUCUUAUUAUGCGUUACGCUGUUUUUGUGUAAAUAUAGAGGUGUUUGCUUAAUAAGAAAUAAAACUUACAAGUUUCGUGAUCUAGAUAACGUUCAGUAUAAGUUCAACAAAUCUAUUUAA